GAGCCGGCAAGGCGGGCAAAGGCGCCCCAAGGCCCGUGCUUAUAUCCUGUCCUUCUCCAGCAGGAGCCCACGACGCGCGCCCCGCUUUGCUCGAUGCCCAUCCCAAAGGUGGACUCGAAAGUCUCUGGCAUGCCACGGGUUGGAAUAAAAGGGAGGCUCCCUCCCUACCCCCAAUAAAAGCGGCCCUUGAACCUUUAGCCGCGCGGGGGUAGGAGCAGCCUCGAGGACGAGCAAAGGGCGCCCUCGGGCGAGAGGACUGCUCUGCGGCUGGCAGGAGGAGGAGGGAGGCGGGCUGCCGCUGCCACCGCCCCCGCUCGCUCCUCCAGUCUGGCGUCUUUCGGCAGCAGGAUAUGGACUGGGGGGGGGCACAAAGAAAAGCGGAGCCUGGAAGCUGGCGUCACUCUACACUUUCAGUGCCUCUGCGGCGAAAGACCCCCGAAGGAACGGAAGCUGUAAGCUGUUCUACCUUUCCCUCUGGGGAACGAAGGCGCCGCUCGCCCCGCCCCUCCUGGCUUGAACCUCCUAUUGGGUAGCCCGCUGCCCCGGAAGUGCUUGCCUACGCUCGCCCUCGCUUCCGGAGAAGAGGGAUGUCUGCGGAGUACGAGGCCGUCCAGCGGGGUCCUCUGCGCCUGAAGGGCGACGCCGGAGUGGCGCCCGCGGGGAAGCGGAAGAAGAGGAAAGACAAAGAAAAAAGCAAGAUUGUGGACCAGAUAGUGAGCAGCAAGAAGCAAGAGGAAGAGGAGGAGGAGCAGAAGCGAGCCCUGGACAAGCGGACCCCAGCCCAGCUGGCCUAUGAGAAGACGCAGGAGAAGCGGCAAAUUGAGCGGAUUCUGAAGAAAGCAUCCAAAACCCACAAGCAGAGAGUAGAGGACUUUAAUCGACAUCUGGACACUUUAACAGAACAUUAUGACAUCCCAAAAGUCAGCUGGACUAAAUGAGCUUUUUUUUUUUGCUUUUGCUUUUUUCCCCUCUUCUGGGAUCUCCAUUGGCUAAAAGGACACAAGUCAGCAGUUUCUGGACUGGAGAUCUGAAGCUGGUGCUCAGUUAAACUCGUUUUUAUAGUGAUAAUAUCUGUAUCCUGUGGCUUCCCUUAAAUGGCAGUUACUCUUUAUAGGCUUAAAAUUGCCAAUUGAAUGUUUCAGUUGCAUUAUUUCAUGUUAAAUAAGGCAAGUAUGUUUGGUUUGUGCAGGAUCCUGUUGCUAAAGGGUUAAUAUUCUUCUUCACCCCCACUCAUCUGUUCUCUUGCUCCUGACUGUUGCAUUCCAUGUGAGGAAGAGUCCCCCACUUUCAUUGUACAACAUAACUAAUGACCAUUGCUAAGACAUUAUGGACAAUUGCAUCAUUUUAUUAAACUAACAAUCAAAAAC